AUGCUGAAGCUUAAUAUUCUGUCCUUCAAAGUAGAAAUUACAUUAGACUACAUAUUAGAUUUUAUGAUUGGCAGUUUGAUUGACACAGAAAUCAACCCACAUGUUGACAGGUGGGAGGCUGAGGGACAGUUUCCAGCCCAUGAGGUCUUCAAGAAGCUUGGACAGGCAGGUUUCCUUGGUGUCACAAAGCCUGAAGAAUAUGGAGGACUUGGCUUGGACUACACAUACAGUGUUGCCAUGGGGGAGGCUCUUGGCAAUGUCACUUGUGGUGCAAUCCCAAUGGCUAUUGCUGUGCAGACUGACAUGGCAACACCUGCACUUGCCAGGUUUGGAAGUGACUAUGUCAAAGAGCAGUUCCUAGCUCCAAGCAUAUCAGGAGACUUGGUCUCGUGUCUUGGAGUAAGUGAACCCUUCGGUGGAUCGGAUGUAGCCAGCUUGAAGACAACGGCCAGGCGAGAAGGGGACGACUUCGUCGUCAAUGGCCAAAAGAUGUGGAUAACAAAUGCUUUUCAGGCUGACUGGAUGUGCCUUCUGGCCAACACCUCACAGGGAGCCCCACACAAGAACAAGUCCCUGAUCUGCGUGCCCAUGGAUACUCCAGGAAUUCAUCUAAACAAGAGGAUUGACAAAAUGGGAAUGCGUUCUUCAGAUACGGCACAGAUUUUCUUUGAGGAUGUGAGGGUUCCUGCAAAGAAUAUCAUUGGCCAAGAAGGAAUGGGUUUCACUUAUCAAUCUCGGGUCAAUAGGGAACUGUUAUUUCAAGAGGAACGUCUGGCUGCAGCUCCCUUGCUCUGGCCCCCCGGGAGUCUGUAUCCGGGGGAAACCUCAAGUAAAAAAGGGACAGAGGGCCUUUGGCACCCCUUCCCAAAAAUCGUACACCCUUCCCCCGGGGGGGCUGAAUUUGGGGGAAAGUUGAGUCCCUGGGUCCUUGCUGAUGGGCAACAGAUUUCAGAGUAUCAUGACUUACACUUCACAUUUUCAGAACUCUAUGUUGGUGGUGAAGAUGUUACCAAAUUGGCAUCCAUGUGUAAACUGAAGAGUGGUCGCCUAGUAAGGGAAAUUUCUGACUCAUGCCUGCAGUUCUGGGGAGGCAUGGGAUUCACAAAUGAGGUUCUAGUGAGUCGUUUCUACCGGGACCUUAGGCUUGUGUCCAUUGGGGGAGGGGCAGAUGAGGUGAUGCUGAGUAUCAUCUGCAAGUAUAUGGGCAUCUUGCCACAGCCACCAAAAAAGAAAAAGUAAACACAGCACUGGAGGACAUGGAUAGAAAAUAAUUUACAGAGAUUAUGACAUGAGUAUUUUAAAAUCAACCUUUUCUUGUCUGUAAUUUGU